AUCGAUAGCAGAAAGCACUGCUCAUGUGAUCCUGCUCUGACAAGCUGAUACGGAGUCGCUUUAUCGCGUUACCGCUUCCGAUAAACACAGCUGGACUUCUCGUUAAUGAAAGUAGUUUAUCUGUAAACCAGGGCCCCUGGACUAGACUGAGGAUUUAAACAGAAACCCGUGAUAUUGAGUGAGACUGUAGCAGUUAGUUAGCAUGUCUAGCUGCAGGUCUGCACUCACGACGCUACAUUGCUAAUUGAUAAAUAACUGCCAACCAUCAUGUCGUUUUAUUUUCUUUAACUGAGUUCACCUGUAUGUCUGCUAAAAUAUAAACGUGUCUGACUACUUAAACUGUUUCAAAUUGUUUAGUGAAUAAAUUAGCCUGGUUAGCUUUGUGGCGCUUUACGCACAGCUGAUUUUCCUAUAGGAACUUUCAUAUUUCAGUACAUAAGUCGAUUAUAACUCAUUUGUGAACGUGUAUGCUUGAGUCCUUUAAUAGUGAAGCGGACUGACAGGUGUUUGCCAGCCCCGUUUUUUAUUUUUAUUUGAAACUAUCAGGCGUGGAUCUCAUGUAAGGGAUGCAUGUGCGAGAUAAAUAAAGGUGGGAUGCAGUAGUGGCGAGGAAGUGCUCAAUGCCGUGUGUGCUGGAGCAUGAUGCGGAUGAGCUGGAUGAUCACAGUCAUUAACAGAAGAAUGAUGAAGAUCCUGAUCACCCUCGCUCUCAUUGCUUACAUCGCCUCUGUCUGGGGAACCUACGCAAAUAUGAGGUCUAUACAAGAACAUGGAGAAAUGAAGGUUGAGCAGAGGAUAGAUGAGGCAGUGGCACCUCUCAGGGAGAAGAUACAGGAGCUUGAGCUUAGUUUUACUCAGAAGUACCCACCUGUAAAAUUCUUGUCCGAGAAGGAUCGAAAGAGGAUUUUGAUCACUGGUGGGGCAGGAUUCGUGGGCUCUCACCUCACUGAUAAACUGAUGAUGGAUGGUCAUGAGGUGACCGUGGUGGAUAAUUUCUUCACUGGCCGCAAACGCAAUGUAGAACACUGGAUUGGUCACGAGAACUUUGAGCUGAUCAACCAUGAUGUGGUGGAGCCUCUCUAUAUCGAAGUUGACCAGAUAUAUCAUUUGGCCUCCCCUGCAUCACCACCCAACUACAUGUACAACCCUAUCAAGACACUGAAAACGAAUACCAUUGGGACUCUCAACAUGCUGGGUUUAGCCAAGCGAGUCGGAGCUCGCCUACUCCUUGCCUCCACUUCAGAAGUAUAUGGAGACCCAGAGGUGCACCCCCAGAAUGAGGACUACUGGGGCCAUGUGAACCCUAUUGGUCCACGGGCCUGCUAUGAUGAAGGAAAGCGUGUUGCUGAGACCAUGUGUUAUGCCUACAUGAAACAGGAGGGAGUGGAGGUGAGGGUGGCUCGGAUCUUCAACACCUUCGGGUCUCGCAUGCACAUGAAUGAUGGACGAGUGGUCAGUAAUUUCAUUCUGCAGGCUUUACAGGGAGAACCGCUGACGGUUUAUGGUUCAGGAUCUCAGACAAGAGCUUUCCAGUAUGUAAGUGAUCUGGUGAACGGUCUGGUGUCUCUAAUGAAUAGUAACAUCAGUAGUCCAGUAAACCUGGGAAAUCCAGAGGAACACACCAUAUUGGAAUUUGCUCAACUUAUUAAGAGCCUAGUAGUGAGUCGCAGUCAUAUUCAAUUCCUUCCAGAAGCACAAGAUGAUCCACAGAGACGACGGCCAGACAUCCAUAAGGCCAAAAUGCUUCUGGGCUGGGAGCCUGUGAAAUGGCAGAGGUGUAGUCAAGACCAGACCCUCCAAGACCCAGACCAAGACUAGACCCCUUGAGACCAAGACAAGACCAAGACUAGACCCUCCAAGACCCAGACCAAGACCAAAUUUAUAUGGUCUCGAGACAUCUUGAGACCAAGACCACAAGGUCAAGACCCCACCUCUGGAAAAUACCCCUGUUCAUUAACAAAUCAAAAUAUUGUAAUAUGAUAAGAAUUGUCAUUUUCAUUGAAAACAUGGCUGGCCCAAAUUGCCUUGUGAUGAUAGUCAUCACUAUUAUGAAAUCAAAUAUCAUUUUACAUAUUUUUCAUUUUAAAGAGUUUGCAGAUUGGUAGGCAUUGUUAUGUACUUUAAUAUUGUUAUAUGUUAAAAUUCUAAUUUUAAGAAAGUUAGCAGUCUAGCAAAUGGGAAAUAAUAUAAAAUAAUAAAAAUAAAAAAACAUGUCAAAGACAAUGUGACUAACUCACCCAUUGAAUGAUGAUGUUGUACCACGUGCUUCACUUAUUAAUGUGACAUAAUUUGCAGGUUACUCUCCAUUUCUUAUUUUCAGAAUCUUCUUCAAAAUUUUCAAAUGCAGAUUUUACCACUGCAGGCUCUGAGAUGCCUUCGCAAUCCAAAUAUAUAUAAAAUAAUACAACUAAAGUGAAAUGACUUGAAUUGGCUAGUGCACAACAAUUGAAGUCUGCAUGGCAUUAGUCUGAUUUUCACUGCAUGUACACUAUUAAUAAUUAUGAAUACUAUUAAACUAUUCAGACAACUAUGCCUAAAGUUAUGCACUGAAAAUAACAGUGAAGAAACAAAGAAAGAAAAAUGCUGAUGUGAAAUAUUUGCAAUAAUUAAAAAUCACAUUUUGAAAGAACUGAUUAUUUGAAAUUAGUCUGACUUCCCAAAAGCAUGGUUAAUUGAGAAAUGUGUUUUAUAUGCAUUAUUAUUCUAACAAAAUAAUACUGUUUAUUUUAUUUUUUUUAAUCACAGAUAUGUCAGCUGAGUGCAUAAAUGCAAUGACCAAUCAGAGGCGUUUAUGUCACCGGCUCAGCCGUUGCUCACAGACUGAUUUCUGUACGUGCUUACUGCCGCACUCUCAAGCAAGGAGUAAAAACGAUGUAAAUAAGAAAUGUACUGUGCAGUUACGACAGCUUUAUUGAUUAUAAUGAGAGUUUUGGGGAGAGUGCAGAACUCAGUGAGCUUGCAUUUAACUGAAGUGAUUGACAGCUUCAAUGAUUAUAAAUGGAGCGUGUUUUGUUUGCUUUCUGUAUAUAAUUUAAUCACAAUUUAAAUACGUUUAUUUCAUGCUGCCAAGAAGAGGAACACUGUAAAGUUGUCUGUUUGGUCACUGUCUUAAUUUAGGUUACUAAUGAAUAAAUAGAAUGAACUAAUUCAGGAACACAGUGCUCAGCUUGUUUGGGAUGUGUAGCUGCAUAAAUAUGGCAUGUAAUAAAAUUAUAGUAAUAGAUCUUAUUAAUAGCGAUUACAAUAUCAGGGGAAAAAAUCUUUAUGAUUUUAGUCAUAAUAAAGAACACCUCGCAAAGUAACAAGCUUAUUGGGUCGUGCGAUUACCCCGAGUGUAGUCACGGCUUCUACAUGGCAGAUGUAACCAUAAAUCAUUAAUGUUUGCUUUGUGUUGUUAAACCAUAGUUCUUGCACUUACAUUCAUGUGAUGAGAGCUAGUGCUUGCAGACAUAUGCGGUAUGACCGAGGCAGAAGUACUGCUUGCAAAUUCUCAGUAAUGGUAAAGAUGCAGCGCCAACUAGUGGCUGAAAUAAUAAUAGCAUUUAGUGCACAGGUAAAUCCACAGCGGUCUUGACCAUCAAGACCAUAGGCCAAGACCGAGAUCCAGACCAAGACUUUAAAUGUUGAGACCAAGACCCAGACCAAGACUCGAGUAAUGAGACCCAGACCAAGACCACGUUUAUAUGGUCUCGAAACGUCUUGAGACCAAGACCACAAGAUCAAGACCCCACCUCUGCAAAAUGGAGAAUGAAAAUUGCAGUAACUCAAAAUCGAAAACUUACAGUUUGAGGUAAUACAAAAGCAGACUGAAGUAUCUGCAGUUCUGGAGUCAUGUCAAAUUUGAUUUGUUUGGCACAAAAUUAAUCUAUGAAUCAUAUCAGUGCGUUACUGUAUGUAUGUUCAAAGCAUUUGGCAAUCAAAAAACCUUGUUGUUGGUGCAGUUAUUGUUUUGCUUUUGUAGGGCAGUAUAGGCUGUUUAUGCAGUAUAGAAACGUCACGCAUGAAUAUAGAAUGCAGCGAGAGAUGUUUCUCCCAUGUAUAAUGUAGAUUUUAAUGGCAUUUUCAAUAUUUUAUAAUAUUGAGCUAGUCUAAACUUCAAAGACGGCUGUGUCCCUUUGGAAGGCUGCAUCCUCCGGAGGUCGCAUUUUUCAGCCGCAUAUGUCAUCGAGGCUGUUUCAUUUCAGAAAAGCGAGUAGGACACUUCGAAUGCGACCUUUUUUCAUGGGAAUUCGGAGGAUGCAUAAGGUGUAUCCUUCGUGGGCACUCACAACCCACAAUUCUUUGUUUCAAUGGAAAUGUCUAAAAAAAAACAAUUACGCCAAUUUGCCCGUAAAUAUGAUGUUCAAACACAAGGAAUGUUAAUUCCCAAGUUGAAGUACCUCAGUAGAUGGGUACAGAGUAUAUAUUAUGUAUAAUUAUAUUAAUAUAUAAUUAAAAUAAAAUAUUAGACUAAAAGUACACCUGUAAAAUCUAUUUUCUUUUCUCUUUACAUCAUUAUAACUCUCCUAAAUUUGACCUCAUACAUUCCCUUCCAAAGGGAAUUUGUUCCCUUCUCACUCAAAGCGCUCGUGCUUGUUUAAGAGUGGUGUGCUGUCAUAGCAACCAUGUUACGUUCUGUUUCCAUUCGUCCUACGAAGGCCGUCUCGUUUAAACAAGGCUUGUUUAAAGGAGGAUACUCGGUAUACUGCAGCCUUCAAAGGACGCGUCCUACCUAGCAUGCAGCCUUCGAAAUGAGACACAGCCACUGAGUGAGCAAGUGCGUUCAUCUGCGUCAAUCAAACUGAUCGCAAUAGAAAAAGCUAGGCUACUGGAACAUCUUACUAUGUUCAGAGGAGGGAACGUGUGUUCCUGAAGAACACUGUAACUUGUACCAGUUAACAAUUGGAUUAUGGUUGUUUUCUUUUCUAACUUUCAUAAUUAAGUGUUUUAAAUUGUCCUGCUGUUUAAAAACCGUGGACAGUUUGCACUAUAUGCAGUUUACAGUGCAUCCGGAAAGCAUUCACAGCCUUUGCCAUGACACUCAAAAUUGAGCUCAGGUGCAUCCUGUUUCCACUGAUCAUCCUUGAGAUGUUUCUACAACUUGAUUGGAGUCACCUGUGGUAAAUUCAGUUGAUUGGACAUGAUUUGGAAAGGCACACACCUGUCUAUGUAAGGUCCCAUAGUUAACAGUGCAUGUCAGAGCACAAACCAAGCCAUGAAGUCCAAGGAAUUGUCUGCAGACCUCCGAGACAGGAUUGUAUCGAGGCACAGAUCUGGGGAAGGGUAUAGAAAAAUUUCUGCAGCAUUGAAGGUCCCAAUGAGCACAGUGGCCUCCAUCAUCCAUAAAUGGAAGAAGUUUGGAACCACCAGGACUCUUCCUAGAGAUGGCCGCCUGGCCAAACUGAGCAAUCGGGAGAGAAGGGCCUUAGUCAGGGAGGUGACAAAGAACCCGAUGGUCACUCUGACAGAGCUCCAGCAUUUCUGUGUGGAGAGAGGAGAACCUUCCAGAAGAACAACCAUCUCUGCAGCACUCCACCAAUCAGGCCUGUAUGGUAGAGUGGCCAGAUGGAAGCCACUCCUUAGUAAAAGGCACAUGACAGCCUGCCUGGAGUUUGCCAAAAGGCACCUGAAGGACUCUCAGACCAUGAGAAAUAAAGAUUGAACUCUUUGGCCUGAAUGGCAAGCAUCAUGUCUGGAGGAAACCAGGCACCGCUCAUCACCUGGCCAAUACCAUCCCUACAGUGAAGCAUGGUGGUGGCAGCAUCAUGCUGUGGGGAUGUUUUUCAGCGGCAGGAACUGGGAGACUAGUCAGGAUCGAGGGAAAGAUGAAUGCAGCAAUGUACAGAGACAUCCUUGAUGAAAACCUGCUGACCUCAGACUGGGGCGAAGGUUCAUCUUCCAACAGGACAACGACCCUAAGCACACAGCCAAGAUAAUAAAGGAGUGGCUCCGGGACAACUCUGUGAAUGUCCUUAAGUGACCCAGCCAGAGCCCAGACUUGAACCCGAUUGAACAUCUCUGGAGAGGUCUGAAAAUGGCUGUGCACCGACGCUCCCCAUUCAACCUGAUGGAGCUUGAGAGGUCCUGCAAAGAAGAAUGGGAGAAACUGCCCAAAAAUAGGUGUGCCAAGCUUGUAGCAGCAUACUCAAAAAGACUCGAGGCUGUAAUCAGUGCCAAAGGUGCUUCAACAAAGUGUUGAGCAAAGGAUGUGAAUACUUUCGUUUUUUAUUCUUAAUACAUUUGCAAAGAUUUCAAACAAACUUCUUUCACGUUGUCAUUAUGGGGUAUUGUUUGUAGAAUUUUGAGGAAAAUAAUGAAUUUAAUCCAUUUUGGAAUAAGGCUGUAACAUAACACAAUGUGGAAAAAGUGAAGCGCUGUGAAUACUUUCCGGAUGCACUGUACAUUGUAACAUUUUUCAAACAUCUUUUUGUACAUAAUGUAUAGCAUACAAUCAUAAAUGAAUAUUU